AUGUUAUUGAAUAUUAUAUUUGUUAAUCGAGUAAUAUUGGAUUUUGUGCUUGGAGUUGUUUUGAUAAUUUUGGUUGUAUUGAGGAUCAGGCCAUCUAAUGGCCCUGGAAGUGGAGAUGGAACGGUUAGGAAAGUUCCUAAGGAUUUAGUAUCAGUUGGUGAUAGAACCUACACAUUUGAUUCAGUUUUAGACUCAAAAUCAUCUCAGCCACGCUCCGCGGCUCCGUGCACUGCCUCCACCGUUCCAUCAAAAGACCAACGUCGUGAAGAGGUAGAGCAGCUAUUCAGAGAUGAAACUAUGGUGGAAGUAUAUGAUCUGAUUGAGAAUUUUUGUGAAUAUAUAAUCAAUAUCUUCGCUACAUCUGCAAACAAAAAUGAUAUUAACGAAGCAUUGUCGACUCAGAUUUUUGCAUCAGCAAGAUUUGGGGAUUUGCCGGAACUUCGGUCCAUUAGGAAACUCUUUGGAGAGCGCUAUGGUCAGAGUUUCACAACGGCAGCGCUUGAAUCACUCCCAGGAAAUCUUGUGAACAUUCAGGUAACCAAAACUAUCGGCAAUAAGAUUUCGAGUAGUGAUGACCUUGAAAUGCCGGUUUCUAUCAUUGAAGAGACAGAAAGAAAGAUUGUAUACAUUGAUCUGUUGUCCGAGAAGCAAACACUUCCAAAAAGUGCAUUCAAUUCAAGUCUACAGCUUAAUGAUAUGGUUAAAUUUACUGUUUCAAAGUUUAUUGGUGAAACUAAUGCUGGAGGCAUGGCGGACGAAUCGUCUUAA